CAUAGGUUUAAUAGUGUACAUUCAAUGCGUGCGCACACUCAAUGCGGGAGAAAUAAUGCCGACUCAUCUCUAACAAAAUGGCGUCGGGUGGGUAUGAAGAAACUUCUGAUGAGAUUUUUAACUUUAAAUGUUCAUCUUGCUCUUAAAUCAACAGACAAAGAGAAGCCGGGAAAUAUUGUGUGGAAUGUCAAGGAUACUGUUGUCAGUCGUGUGUUGACAUGCACCAAGCAUUUCCUGCUAUACAAGGACAUAAAUUGCUCGAUAAAUCAAGCUUCAAGACGGUGACUUUGACAACAAAUCUUCCAAGUGUUCCAACAGAGAUAUGUACCAUACACGAGAUAAAGAUUCUGGACAUGUAUUGUUGUAAUCAUGACCUUGUUGGAUGUACAAGCUGUAUGGCGCUACAUCACAGGAACUGCACAGAUGUCCAGCUCGUAUCGGAUGUUGUCGAAACUAGGUUUAAAAAGACGGACGCAGAUGAAACUCAUCAAAACCUACGGGAGAAGAAAUUAGCGAUAGAGAAGAUAAAAACAUCCAGAGAAGCUCUUCUCGAAGAGAUGAAUAAAUCAAAAACGGAUGCAGUCAAUGAAAUAAAAGCAUUUAGAGCAGAAAUGGAAACGAUGAUUCGAAACAUGGAAAAGGAAUCGAUAAAAGAAGUGGAAAAGGAAUACCAAACAAUGAAUGCAAUGCUGCUAGAGGAGAUAAAGAAAUCAGAAAUCCAGAUUAUAAGCCUCGAGCGACUUGCGGACAACAUUAAACAAUCCGACGGAAAUGUAGCUCAGCAGUUUGUUUCUAUAAAAACAGCACAAAAGACAAUUACCCGAACUGACGAUAUUAUGAACUCCUUCAAUGCACAUACACAUGCCAAGGUAUCAUUUGUCGCUGACCAAAGUGUUUUGGGAUUUCUACAAGAACUGAAGACGUUUGGGUCGGUUAACAGCAAUACAGUCUACUCAGUCAAGGAAACCAGAGAAAUGAAUAUAAAAGUACAAAGUGACACAUUGACCUGCACUGUAUUUGGGUCAUGCUUAACACAAGGAGGCCAGCUACUGCUACCUGACUUCAACAAUAAAAAGUUAAAACGUGUCGACAUUAGCAAACUUUCGGUAGAGGACUACUGUGACCUUCCGUCGAAUCCAUGUGGUGUAUGUUGCAUUGAUAACCAGGAAGCAGUUGUGACAUUGAAUAACAAUACCAUCCAAUUCGUUAACCUUCGUAAUCCGAUGAAACUAACACAUGACAUUAAACUGGACAAUUACUGUUUCGGCAUUGCUUAUAAAGACAGCAAACUUCUGAUAACUAAUAAUAGCACAUCACUCUACAUAUACGACAUGGCAGGCACGCUGUUACAGACGAUAUCCAGAGACAAUUCAGGAAAUGAUCUGUUCAGCAAGUGUCGCCAGAUUGCUUUCAGUGAUUCUUGAGAUAGAAUUUAUGUGGGUGACAAACAUAACAAUAUCGUCACACUGGAUACAGUUACACAAAGGAAACACUGCAAUAAUUUCAUUGAUUCUGAUUUGGUCAAUGGUAUGGGUGUCUGCACAGACAAAAAAGGGAAUGUAUUUGUUUGUGCAUAUGAAUCAAGAAAUGUUAUGCAAAUAAGGCAAAAUGGACAAAAAGUUGGCACCGUAGUAAAACCGUCAGAUGGACUAAUUCAACCGCGGUCAAUAACUUUUAGUCAACAAAUGAAUACUUUAUUUGUUACUGAAGGUAACAAUGACAACGUUAAAGUCUUUGAACUGCAGUAAUGCUAAUACUGUAAAAUUCAUUGACUUAUAAUUAAAGUAUCUGAAAUAAUUAUUGUUUUCUCCAUGUAGGAGUGAGAAUAGAUCAUGUUUUAAGAGAAAUAAAUACGCACAAGGCCACAGUAACAUAUUUCUUUGAAAAUUAAUUAUAUACGCCAAUGAUAACGCCUUUAACAAUGUGACAGUAUGAUACUAUUUAUAGUUAAUUAUAGUUUUGUUGUACUGGAGGUUGCUGCAGAAUACAAUGGAAAUAUAAUAAGGUCCUUUCAGUUUUCGGCCAGCAAAAUUGCCGUUUCUUCUCCAUUUGUCUUCUACUUGUUAGAAUUGAUAUACAUUUUUGACUGCAUUACUACAAUUAUACAUACUGGUUAUAACACUUGCGUACAGAUCACUUUUGAAUACAUAUGUAGGUUUAUGUAGGUUUAUGUCUUUUUAAAUCAAACGUUAUGGCGUUCCACUGCAAACUGUUAGAAAACAAUAGAUAGAACUUAUGUCUGCUAGCCGAGGAAACACUGUCAAACGUGUGUAAAUUGUUAAACAAGGAGCCCAGCCCAGUCCCUGAUAUCGCCAAAACUACCAAAAUACAUUCGAUUCCAUGAUCUAUAGCAAGUGUAGAAAUACAACUGAAACGCAUUUUUGUCGCCAAAUUGUUUCUGUCUCUUCUUGCUAUACACCAUCAGCAUGAUGUGGACAUGCGCAUAUUGUCGGAGCUUUUAUGUCUGAUUAUUAUGCUUUGAGUUAUGUCCAUUUUUUGGACUAAACAAUAUUACAUCUACAUCUAUACAUUGUGUACUUAACUGCUUCUACAGUUUCCACCAAAUGCAAAUAAAACUGGCUUAACAUCAUCAUGAACUGGACAUGCGCACAUUAGGGACACUAAUGUCCGAUAACUAUUUUUGGACUUAACAUAACAUUUGAAAAUUGUAUACAGUUUGAAUCAAGUUCAAUGAAAACUAAGUACACAUCUUCCACUUGGAUAUGCACACAUUUUGGGGAUAUUUUCUUUUGAAUAAUGCCUCUUUUAUGUCUUUUUUUUACGUUAACGCCUGUUUCAACUUUAUGAUUUUCUAUACAAUGUUGACAACAUUCCUUUUGUGGAUGCAAGGUUGUGGUUCCAAUGAAUUGCAAGUACACGGGUAGCAUUUUGUAUUGUUAUUUUCUUUCAGGGUCGGCGCAAGUGGUGCAAACAAAUCGAUUAUAACUAAUAGUGAUAUGUACAUGUAACAUAAUAUCCCUAAGAAUUUUGGACUAUAACUAUCAAAGUGUAAGGUUGCAAAACACCUAGUUGAGAGAAAUAUGAAGGAGUUGAUACAUGGUAGUUGUGGAAUAUUAUAGGAAUAAAACCACUAUUGUAAAGGUUAAGCUAUGGCAGUAGAAGGCACAUUUAAACUAAUUGACCCAUUAGCAUACCAUGUAAACAACGUGGAAGACCUUGACCCCGAGGUUGUCAAAGCAUUCAAAAGAAAAGACAACAGUACCAUCGCGGAGUUGACGCAUAAUGGGGAUACAGAUUUUGACGUUUUUAUCUGCAUCAACAAAGCAUGGCAUGCUUUUAUUCUUUGCAUACCAAAUACCAUUAAUGAUCCUCAUGGGCUCUUGUCAGAUGUUCCACAAGAUAACCCUUUUGUUUUGCCUGGGGAUAUCUUGUGCUGGAAGUUUGAGCUAUGCUUUGAAAACGAACAGCUGAAGCUGUACAAAAUCAGAAAGGAGUUCAACAUGCUGAAAGACAUUAGAAAUCGAAUCAAUAAGGCAUACCACAUUGGCAAGUUUAUGAAUGUCAAACCAAAAGCAUUUCAGUUUGCCGUCUUGAGAGCUGCUCCACAUCGCUACAAUGUCCUCCUGAAUGACUGCGUAGAGUUUGCUAAGGAGUUUUGCCUUUGUAUGUUGAGCUAUUGUAGCAAUUACAGACAGCUGGAGGAGCAAGUUAAUGAGAAUAUCAAGAAAGCAACAGCUACUGGCCUUAGUGUGGAGAAUUUAUCCAGGCGUGUUCGUAGCUCAGCUUUAAUCGGAAAUACUUUUCUUGGAGGUUUAGAUGUUUCCACAUUCUUCAGUGGAAGAAAUGGUUCAGCUGGACUUAUAGUGUUUAUCCUCCUUUACCCAAUCUUUGUGGCUUGUGUCAUCGCAGCAGUUAUCAUCUACGUUCUCAAAUGAUAAAGUUGUCUCAAUAUGAAGAAGGCGGGUUUGAAUCAAAAUAGACAAAGGUCAAAUUUACAUGUCACUUGCCGUUUCAUGCAUGAUAUAAGAAAAAACAAGUUGGUGUGUAUAUGUGUAUUAGGAUUUUAUUGCAGACGCACUAAGAAAUGUAUGUUGCUGAAUAUAUAGUUAUGUAUUGAAGGACUAUAAGGAUGUGAUAGUAUAUGAGAAGUAUUUUAACGGUUGAAUUCCUUUAAUUCCUUUUGUUGAUUCUUCCUCGGUUAUGUUUAUGGGCUCUGUCUAGGUUCCUUUAUUAUUUUUAUUUAUGUUAUUUAUAGAAAACGUGAUUACAGAUAUGAUUGCAGGUGCUAAUGUUGCCAUGCCACUGAACAAUGACCUUAUUAAUCUACCAAAACUAAAGUCAUAUAUAUACAGCAACACGGCAAGGAUUAAAUCGUAAAUUGCAAAAUUCUAAUCUGUUGAAUAUUAUUCUGGCCAGUUCUAAUGAAAAAUGACAACAAUCUUAUUUUGAAUAGUAUUCUUGUUAUUAAAAAAUCAGUUUCUUUUUGCUAUAGCUAGAUCACGAAUUGGUUUGUCGAUCGAGUGAACCAGUGAGUUGAUCUAUCUGACUUAGACCACGAAAAACGUGCAAACAUUUGUUGAAAAAGCAGAAACCCCAUGUACCAUUCAGUUUGACAGGUUAAACAAAAUAGGUUUCAUUUGUUUUUGUAAGUUUUGUACAGUCAAUAUGCGUAUGAGUAAUCUUAAUUUUGAUUUAAAAUUAACAUGUGGAUGUACGAUAUGCAUUUUACAUGUUUGCAGUUAUUCUUACUAUCAAGAAAUAAAAUUACGUGCGUUUGAUUAGUUAUACUUUAAUGUAUUUGUUAUGUGAAAAUAGACUCAUAUAUAAUGUUAAUGUCUUUGGAUAUUUGUUGUUUUACAUAAUUUGUGUUCGAUUUGUAUAAAAAGAAAAGUUUUGAACGUGACAGCACGCAUAUGUUAUUCGUGUUGAAAGGAUUCAAGGAAUUCCAGUUGAAGAUGAGAUUUUGAAAUGCACACAUGUAUGAAACGCUUGUUUAUACAUACAAUAAUCGUCCUAUGAAUUAUUCCAGUGUCUUUUGCUUCACAUAGGAGUAUAAAGGUAGAAUCUUUAAAACAUGUAGGUUUCAAUAAUCAUGCACAUUAAAGAUUUCAACACAAAUGA